ACAAGCUGAGUCUAUACAGUACAGUGAGAAGCGAGCCCGAGAGAACCACAGAAAGAGACAGAGAAAGAGAGAGAGAGAGACUGCUAGCAAGCAAAGGGAUGGUUUGUUCACUAGAUGUGCUGCUUUCUGCCUCUAUGAGAGGAUUUGUCUGCUAACUGUCCAUGCUGGGAUCUUCAUGAUUGCGCUGAGAAAGAAGUCUUCUCCUCACCAUCACCAUGCGAGCACAAAUUGAAGUGAUACCAUGCAAAAUAUGUGGAGAUAAAUCUUCAGGAAUCCACUAUGGUGUUAUCACGUGUGAAGGCUGUAAGGGAUUCUUUAGAAGAAGUCAACAAAAUAAUGCCUCUUAUUCAUGCCCACGGCAGAGAAACUGUUUAAUUGACAGAACCAACAGAAACCGUUGCCAACAUUGUAGACUGCAGAAGUGUCUUGCUUUAGGAAUGUCGAGAGACGCCGUGAAAUUUGGCAGAAUGUCAAAAAAACAGAGAGACAGUCUAUAUGCGGAGGUCCAAAAACACCAGCAAAGACUUCAAGAACAAAGACAACAGCAAAGCGGAGAGGCAGAGGCCUUAGCCAGGGUAUAUAGCAGUAACAUCAGCAAUGGUUUAAGUAAUCUCAACAACGAGACAGGAGGCACUUAUUCAAAUGGACAUGUCAUUGACCUGCCUAAAUCUGAGGGUUAUUACAGUGUGGAUUCUGCACAGCCCUCCCCGGAUCAGUCUGGUAUAGACAUAACUGGAAUGAAACAAAUAAAACAAGAACCUAUAUAUGACCUUACGUCAAUACCAAACAUAUUUAUGUAUAGUUCUUUCAACAAUGGACAGCUCGCUCCAGGAAUAAGCAUAACUGAUAUAGAUCGAGUUGCACAGAAUAUUAUAAAAUCCCACAUGGAGACAUGUCAAUAUACAGUGGACGAACUGCAUCAAUUAGCUUGGCAGACACAUACCUAUGAAGAAAUUAAAUUAUAUCAAAACAAGACAAGAGAAGCUUUGUGGCAGCAGUGUGCCAUUCAAAUCACCCAUGCUAUUCAAUAUGUGGUGGAGUUUGCAAAGCGAAUAACAGGUUUCAUGGAACUGUGUCAGAAUGAUCAGAUAUUACUCCUUAAGUCAGGGUGUUUGGAAGUUGUAUUAGUAAGAAUGUGUCGUGCCUUCAAUCCAUUAAACAACACUGUUCUUUUUGAAGGAAAGUAUGGAGGGAUGCAGAUGUUCAAAUCAUUAGGUUCUGAUGAUCUAGUGAAUGAAGCAUUCGACUUCGCAAAAAGUUUAUGUUCACUUCAGCUUACCGAGGAGGAAAUAGCCUUGUUUUCUGCAGCUGUACUAAUAUCACCAGAACGACCUUGGCUGAUAGAGCCAAGAAAAGUCCAGAAACUUCAAGAAAGGAUUUAUUUUGCACUUCAGCAUGUGAUUCAGAAGAACCACUUAGAUGAUGAGACGUUGGCAAAGUUAAUAGCCAAGAUACCAAACAUAACUGCACUUUGCAACUUGCAUGGAGAGAAGCUGCAGGUUUUUAAACAAUCUCAUCCAGAGAUAGUGAACACACUGUUCCCCCCAUUAUAUAAGGAGCUUUUCAAUCCAGAUUCAGGCACUGGCUGCAAGUAAAGACAGUGGGAUUUUCACAUUGCUUUGGAAUGCAUCACUACUAAGACAAAAGAAAUGUGCUCAAGAGGACUUACUUAAAAAAAAAUUAAAAAAAAUAAAAAACAUCACUACAGCGGCACUAGGAAUGUCCUGCACUUACUAGAAUUAUUUUUCACCGCUACAGUUUGAAGAAUGUAAAUAUGCACCUCUGAGUGGGGCUCUCUUUCUCUUCUUACUUUUUUUUUUUUUGGAACUGACCAUGUAACACUUCUGCUGCCAGAGGGAUCUGCAGAGGAAGUAUUGCAAACUCCUCUGGCAGCGGAAAGAUUCGUAUGAAACACUGGGUGUAUUUACUU